AAUUCGGUAUUACAAUAUUGACAGAUUUUAUGCCGGCCAAAAUAUAAACAACACACAAAAACACACAUUUUGUCAUCAAACUCAUAAUUCCACGCAUUUUUUGACUGAAGGGCGAUUGAUUCGGAAUAGUACUUGAAGAUGAUCAAAAAUCAUGUGGAAGAAUUGCAGGAAUAUUUUAAAACACACAACAAGAGCAAAGAACAAAAAGCUCACACAUCGAAGGUUCAUUCUGUAGGAUGGAAUUGCCUUGGAACCAGACUCGCAUCCGGAUCGUUUGACAAAUCAGUGGCCAUAUUUUCAUUGGAUCGAGAUCGCUUCGCCAAAGAUACAACACUUCGUGGACACACCGGUUCCGUAGAUCAGUUAUGUUGGCAUGCGACGUUGCCGGAUUUGCUCAGUACAGCUAGCGGUGACAAAACCGUUCGAAUUUGGGAUGUUCGAGCUGGAAAACUGCCUACAAUUAUCAAUACGAAGGGAGAAAACAUUAACAUAACGUGGUCACCGGAUGGAAAUACCAUAGCGGUUGGUAAUAAAGAAGAUCUCGUGACAUUUAUUGACACAAGAACUCUGAAGAUUUGCGGAGAGCAGCCCUUUAAUUUUGAGGUCAAUGAAAUUGCAUGGAAUAAUACCAGCGAUUUGUUCUUCCUAACAAAUGGUCAAGGAUGUGUGCACAUAUUGAGCUAUCCGGACUUGGAACUGCAACAUGUACUGAAAGCGCAUCCGGGAACGUGCAUUUGCAUUGAAUUCGAUCCCACCGGAAAGUACUUUGCAACCGGAUCAGCCGACGCACUCGUCUCCUUGUGGGAUGCCAAUGAAUUGGCGUGUGUUCGAGUUUUCUCUCGACUUGACUGGCCCGUGCGAACGAUAUCGUUCAGUCAUGACGGUAGACUGCUGGCAUCGGCAAGUGAAGACCUUUGCAUAGACAUUGGCGACACGGAAACGGGCGAAAAGGUAGCUGACAUUGCCGUUGAGGCAGCAACGUUCACCGUGGCCUGGAAUCCGAAACAGUAUCUGUUAGCGUUUGCUUGCGACGAUAAGGAGGCGUGUGACCGACGACGUGAUGCAGGUAGUUUGAAAGUAUGGGGUUUCAGCGACCAAGGUGUGCACUGAAUGAAAUUAAUAAAUUUCCAAAAAUCAUUUUCUUUUUAA